CAAUGCUCAACCACGGUAUGCGACUCACAAUAACCUGCUCGAUGAUUGCAAGAUGCCCAGAACCCGCAGCUCAGAGCUUGGUGCAGCUUGGUGCAGCUGCAGCCGCAGCCUUGGUCGUGUUGCCACAGCCUUAAUCGUGUUGCCACAGCCUUAGUCGUGUCGCAACAAUUUGCGCUCCUCUUCUUGAUAUUAGCUGUCGCCAUUCCCUUGGCUCGCAGUUAGGAUCCCCGACCGUCGGACGUUGCUGAUAAGAGUCACGGUUUUGUCGGGAAUGGCAGGCUUGGACGUCGCAGCCGGCGCAGUCGGCAUCGCGUCUUUCGGCAUUCAAGUCUGCCAAGGACUGCUUUCUUACUACAACGGCUGGAAGGAUUACAAGUCGGACAUCAGUAGUGCCUACGAUGCGAUCGCAGAUUUGAGCAAAACGUUGGGUUUGCUGAAAGGCUCCCUAGAGCGAGAAAGAUUAGAUGACGAGAGAUCGGAGCGGGUCAAGACGUGCUUGCGAUCUUGCGAAGAUGGUCUGAGGAAGCUGUCCGCAAAGCUGCAAGAGCUGCGGAAACAUGGCACACCUAGAGGGGUGCGACAGAAGAUUCUGUCGGAAGCGCAACGAAUGUUGUAUCCAUUCCGAGCAGAGACACUUUUGAAGUUGCGCCAAGAUGUCGAAGGCAUUCAGGAACGCCUCAAGCUAGCGAUUCAAGUCUUACAGCUCGACACGAACAUAGCGAUCCUGGCCGUUCAGCAGUCUGAGCAGUUUAGGAGGAUGAUCGAUUGGCUCUCGCCACCAGAUCCGUGGACAAACCAUCACUCGGCCCGCCAACGGCAUGAACCCAAUACGGGCGAGUGGCUGCUUCAAUGUGAUCAGUAUCGGGGGUGGAAAGCCGGCGCUGUCAGACACGUGUGGAUGCACGGGAAAGCCGGUUGCGGCAAGACCGUACUCUGCUCUACCGCUGUUGAGGACAUCCAGUCGCACUGUCAGGCGGCGGCUAACGCUGGAUGCGCGGUGUUCUACUUUUCGUUCUCGGACGAUCGAAAGCAAUCCUACGAGAACCUCCUGCGCUCGCUGAUUGCGCAGCUCGGGUGGAAAGAGCCUGGCCUGUCCAUGCUCCGCCAAGCGUAUGAUAAGCAGAAUCGAAGCGUGCCAGGUGUAGAUGAGCUGGAGAGGAUCCUGAGCUCUUCGGUGAGCGCGUUUGACGAUGUGUUCGUGUUACUGGACGCACUCGACGAAUGUCCCGAGAGUGGCGAUCUGCGCCAAGAUAUGUUGGUGAAAGUCGAGAAGAUCACGCAAGAGUCAACCAGAAUAAAGAUCUUCGCAACGAGUCGUGAAUCGGGUGAUAUACGCGAUUCCAUGGACACGAUACGUGCUAAACGGAUAGACAUCGCCACAAGCGCUGUGGAUGCGGACAUCAGGCAGUACGUGACCAGCCAGUUAGCAAGUGAUCGACGUCUCGCCGGGCUAGGUUCGGCAUCCAAGGCAGCGAUCGAGACGACGAUUAUGGAGAGGUCCGAUGGGAUGUUCAAAUGGGCGUCCUGUCAGCUGCAGGAGCUGAAAAAGCUCAAAGGCUCUCGGCCCAGUCACAUAGCGAAGGCAUUGCAUGACCUACCAGCCACACUCGAUGAGACCUAUACGCGCAUGCUCACUGGGAUCGAAGACCGAUAUCGUUCAGACGCACUAACGUGCCUGCGCUGGCUCGCAUAUGCUCGGUCGCCCCCAACCCUGAGCCAGCUGGUGGAUGCUGUCAUCACUGACUGUGAGAGAGUACAGGUAGAUUUUGAUGACCGGGGGAGUUUGGAAGACCCGCUCAAUAUUCUUUCUGGGCUCAUCAUGAUCAUCCGAGGCGGGAACGACGACGAAGACGGCGAACAUGCACAGUCUGACGAUGUGGUCGGCGAGGACGACGAUGGCGGCCUUGGUUACGACGCUCGGCGACUGAAACCGGAUACUCGUGUCCGACUCGCUCACUUCUCGGUGAAGGAGUUCCUUGAAUCGGAACGGAUACUCGAAAGCCAUGCCAAAAGCUUCCAUCUUCAGCCCAGUCUUGGACAUCAUUUCAUUGCGCAAUGCUGUUUGACGUAUAUGGCCCAAUACAGCAAGUGCAACAAUAAGAAAUCAACUAAGGAAGACCUCGACGUAUUCCCAUUGGUCCAGUACGCGGCCGAAUCUUGGUACUACCAUUCAUCGCUGCAACGUAGUGAAGAGUGCAGUCUGGAGUGCUACAUUCUCACUACGGAUGAGGUCUUGCAAGACUGGCUCAGCAUUCAUCAGCCGGAUCGAUCUUGGGAGCCGCCAUUUUCAGCCGACGCAGGCAACGACACUAACAAAGGCUUAUACUAUGCCAGCUUUGUUGGACUGCAGGUCGCUGCGGCGUUGUUGCUCGAUAAAGGAGCGGAUGUUAACGCGCAGGGAGGCCGAUACGGCAACGCAUUGCAAGCAGUAUCAUUUAAAGGUCAGGCAGAGAUUGUACGGAUACUGCUAGACAAAGGAGCGGAGAUUGACGCGCAGGGAGGCUGGUACGGCAACGCAUUGCACGCAGUAUCAACUGAAGGUUACGCAGAGAUUGUACGGAUACUGCUAGACAAAGGAGCAGAUAUUAACGCGCAGGGAGGCCGAUACGGCAACGCAUUGCAAGCAGCAUCAUUUAAAGGUCAGGCAGAGAUUGUACGGAUACUGCUAGACAAAGGAGCGGAGAUUAACGCGCAGGGAGGCUGGUACGGCAAUGCAUUGCACGCAGCAUCAACUGGAGGUUACGCAGAGAUUGUACGGAUGCUGCUAGACAAAGGAGCAGAUAUUAACGCGCAGGGAGGCCAGUACGGCAACGCAUUGCAGGCAGCAUCAUUUGAAGGUUACAAAGAGAUUGUGCAGAUGCUGCUCGAUAAAGGAGCGGAUGUUAACGCGCAGGGGGGCGAGUUCGGCAAUGCAUUGCAGGCAGCAUUAUUUCAAGGUAACGUAGAGAUUGUGCGGAUAUUACUAGACAAAGGAGCGGAUAUUAACGUGCAGGGGGGCGAGUACGGCAACGUAUUGCAGGCAGCAUCAUUUGAGUAUAACGCAGAGAUUAUACGGAUAUUACUAGACAAAGGAGCGGAUAUCAAUAUAUAGG